CAAAACCUCUGCAUUCUCACGCACAACAAAUCACACCUCAAGCUAGCUGUUCAGCCGCUCUCUCUUUUCAUAUUUGGCCCUUCACUCAAGCUAUCGUCCUUUGCCAAAUCACUUAUUUCGGGCAGAUUUAUUUUCCUCCUACCAGCAGCAGUCGUUCUUUCUCUCUGUGUCGCUUUUCUUUGUUCUGGUACGAGAGUUUAGGGUCCUGAUCUUAUUGUGUCAGGCGAAUUCAGUUAUUCCACGUGGGUACACUCUGGUGCGCUUAGAGAAUCUAAUGGGAUGCAGGUUUGUCGGUUAAUAGAUGAGGAUGAAUACAGAUGGAAGGAAGGCCUCAUUAGAAAUACAUUUGCAGAUAGGGACGCAAAUGAAAUUCUGGCAAUACCGCUAUUCAGACUUGAUAGAGAAGACAUCCCCACAUGGCGUUAUGAGAAAGACGGGCGAUACUCUGUGCGGAGUGCAUAUAGACUUUGUAUGGAUAAGUUGGUGAAGACUGAUCACCUAAAAAAGAAAGGAAACUGGAUGCAUAUUUGGGAACUAGCAGUCCCGCCGAAGGUACGCAUGUUUAUGUGGAGACUUGGCCGAGAUUGCUUACCAAACCGAAGUAGACUAAGGGAGAAAGGUAUUUUCUGCCCAAAUGUAUGUGAAACUUGUGGAGGAGGUCCUGAAAAUAAUUGGCACAUUUUUUUGAAUUGUAAUGAGAGUGUGGCUGCCUGGUGUCAUGUAGGAUUGUGGGACAAAAUUGAAUUUGUGAUGCAGCAAGCAGAAUGUUUUGGAGAGCUAUUUAUGUUGGUUUUGGAGAAAUUUAUGGCAGAGGAGUUGAGGAUCUUUGCCAUGACAGCUUGGAGCAUCUGGCGGCGAAGAAACGUUUUGUGUUGGGAGAAUGUCAGAGAAUCUGUACAGCAGGUCUUAUCCAGAGGAGCGGAAGUGCUGCACACGUGGGAUGAGUACCAUGGUAAAGCUCGGGUCAGACAGAAGACUACGGAGUGCAACAGCAACUGGAAGCCUCCUCCAUGGCCAGCCCUUAAAUGCAAUGUUGAUGCAGCUAUCUUUAUAGAGGAUGGAAGGGCUGGUAUGGGCUGCUGCGUUAGGGACCAUCAGGGACAUUUCUAUAUGGCUAUGUCGGAAUGGUGCAAAGCAUCUCUCUCGCCGGUAGAAGCAAAGGUAUGGGGACUCCGUCAAGCAAUGAGUUGGAUGCAAAACAUGGAUCAUGAACAAGUCAUCUUCGAGAUGGAUUCAAAACAAGUAGUUCAGGAUGUGCAUUCAGCUCGGGAGGAUAUUUCAGAAUAUGGUUCGCUUCUAGAGGACUGCAAAUCCCUACUAGCAACAAAAAACAAUUUUAAAGUUGUUUUCACUAGACGAAAAGCAAAUAGUAGCGCCCAUGCUUUAGCUAGGAAGUCUAUUAAUUAUGCUUCUCG